AGUUCGGCAGACUUAGCAGUUAAACGAGCCUGUCCUUUCAGAAGAAAAAAAAACACAAGAACUUCAGGUUUUGUUUUUCUUUUUGUUCUAUGUAGCUCCCUUUGUUUAGUUGUGAAAGGCCUUAUGAGGAUAUACUAGCAGAAAAGCAGACAUCUCGGCGAUGGCGGCAGACUGCUUCUGCGCAUGCUCAUAAGAUUUCCCGCCUUACCGUUCUGAUUGGUAGACUGUUGUGAAUCUUAAAGAGUGAUUGGUCAGCAGCUGAAAACCCGGUAGUACAAAGAAGUUCAUACGGGUUUUUUUAUCCUUGCAGGAGCCAAGCAGCUAUACUUUGCGUAUAAACAAGCUACAGUUGAACAUUAUUAUGGAGCAGCCUCUCCUUCCCAGAGAGUCUGGGCAGUUUGUGGCCGAGCGAAGCCGAGACGUGUUAAUCAGGGACACGGGAGUCCAGAAGGUAGCAGAGAUGCUCUACAAUCUCAGACGCAGUGACGCCCUGACUGCCAGUGGCUGGAAGGUGGCCAAUCCCCUGGCUCCGGCAUCCACCUCUGAUCAGGCGUCAAACUGGGUUUUCGUGGUGAAUACCAUGAACUUCUCCUUUUGGCCUGACAACGAAGCUCAGCAGUGUAAGGUGACCUAUAAAGGCACCACUUACACAGGCUACAUGACUCUGUGUGCUGCCAUCACCAGAGCCAUGGAGGAAGGUGUACCCAUCACUGAUCCCAAGUACUUUUCCCAGAUGAGUGUGGAGGAGUUGGGAAAAGUUCUCCGAUCAGACAAUGAGACAGCCAUGCCGAUGCUUCAGGAACGCCACCAGGUCCUGACCGAGGGUGGGCGCGUGCUGCUGGAGCACGGACGAAGUUUCCGUAGUUUUAUCAGCCAAGCAGGAAACGAUGCUCAGAAGAUGGUGGAGCUGAUCGUGGAGAAAAUCCCGUCUUACAGGGAUGAAGCUACAUAUGAGGGCAAAAAAAUCUCUUUCAACAAGCGAGCCCAGAUCCUGGUGGCAGAUUUCUGGGCAGUGAUGGAGACCAGAGGAGAAGGGUACAUCAUCAACAUGGACUGUCUCACCAUGUUUGCAGACUACAGGGUUCCUCAGGCGCUUGUCUAUUUAGGAGUGUUGCAAUACUCUGAUGCACUGAUGGAGGCACUAAAGAACGGUGAGCUGCUGCCUUCAGGGGAUCGAAGAGAAGUCGAGAUCCGAGGAUGUUCCAUUUGGUCCGUGGAGCUGAUCAAGGAAAGACUGCAUAAGAUGGUACAGGAGACGGACGGAAACGUCUGUAACAUCAAUUCUGCUAUCAUUGACUUCUACCUUUGGCCCUUCGCUAAGCAGCACCACAAAGAGAUGGCCCACAUUCCCAUUCACCAUACACGCUGUAUUUACUACUGACAGACUGCAAGCAGAACAUACAGAAUGUUUCCUGCUUACUGAUGGCUUUCCUUGCGAAGAAACCAAACAUGGUGGUGAUUCUAUGAAGCAGUUGUCAGUGUGCAGUUAAUGACAAUGUUUGCACAACAAAUCUGUUGUAUUAACCAUCCUGAUUUAGCUAAGCAAGUGAUUACAUUAUGCUAUUACAUUAUGCAUGUUUUGUAAUGUCUAGUUAGUAUGGAGUUGAAUUUGUGACCUUUAACAUCCAGAUGGCAAAAAAUUAUGUUUUUUUUUGUUUUUUGUCUAGUCCUUUUUUGCUACCGUUAAAAAUCAUGUGACUGUGCUUCAUGUUAAACUGUCCAAAACUGUA